AUGAUGAGCUCUGAGGAGAAUGAGCGGAUGUCACUACUCCUAUCUACAUACAUGGAGAGAGCUUACACUAGUACAGAGGAGACUGUUAACAUCUGCAGGAGAGCGAUAGUCUUAAGUGAACUUUUGGUAAAAGAUGAUUUAACUGAACUUUUUUACGCUGGAAGUUUUGGAGAAGGAUGUUUUCUAAAUGACUCAGACCUGGACAGAAUGUCUGUAAUGAAGAACACAGUAGUUAUGUACCCUGAUCAGUGUAAUCAUAUUCCUCAACACCUGGCACACAAAACUAUUCUGUGCAUUCGAGAGGCAGACUGCCGUCCUGGCUAUGUCAAAUUAGAGCUAGUUCAGAUACAGAAUCCAGUAUACGAACACUUUUUAAAAUCAAUAGUUGAAAUUGGCAAUUCAUUACUUAUUUCUAGUGAUAUCUUCAGAGAGGAAUGUGGCAUUAGCCUAGCUACUAUUGCAGAUCUAAACUAUGAAUCAAAUGGACCCAGUAGUACAUGUUGCCUUAGAGGAGCAAUGGGAUCGGACAUAGUUAAUAGUUUUCAGUGUAAGAAUUGGCCAAAGGAGGCAAAUGAAUGGAUUUCACGAACACGUCUGUAUGGAUGGCCACACCAAACUUUGAUAGACAAGAUAGUAAAUAGUGGAUGCCAUCUUGUCCCAGUUGGAGAUAAAUGUUCAAACGAUACACGUUUACAAUGGAGAAUUUCAUUUGUAGUAGCAGAAAGAUCUUUAGUUCACUCUUUUAGCCACAUCCAAGUCAAAGUAUACGUGCUGCUGAAAUAUUUUUUAAGACAAAUUAAGGAGACAUUCAAAAAAGCAAUUGGAGAUGACGAUAUCUUGUGCUCCUACUUCCUAAAAACAAUAAUGUUUCAUGCAAUAGAGAAUUCUAGCCAAAUGUUCUGGCAAGACAAAAACCUUUUCUACUGUUUUUGGUUUUGCUUCAACAUUCUGAUUUCGUGGGUCAGGGCCGGAUUUUGUCCCAAUUACUUCAUCCCAGUCAACAACCUGUUCCAGAGGAAAAUACAUGGAGAGCAUCAACAAAUACUGCUUGGUAUUUUGAACAACUACUCCCAGAUGAAAUGGAUGUGCCUCUCAGUAGGAAACUUCUACAAGCCUUCAAUUUGGAAGAGGCUGCGUGACAUUUCCAUACAGGCUACGCUCCAACGUCCAAAAACUUUACAAAGACAUAUUAUGGACCAGGACUCGACAUUUCUUUCUGUUUUAUCUGUUUUGACAGCAUGUUACAGAGUCAGGAUCAGUGCAAAGGCAUUACACUUAUAUAUAUCACUGUCAAAUUUUGGAGAUGUUUACACAUAUGUCCAUUUAAUGGACAGUCUUAAAUGUCUUGCAUUGGAACAAAUCUCCAAAGACUUGUGUGCAAAUGAGGCUGCUCCAGGUAACAAGGCCAAGUACCAGAGUAUGAGGAAAUGUAAGUACUGGAUGACUCCCAUGGCUUCAUUGGGCACAGAAGUUUUAUAUUUGGCAACAUUCCAUUUUCUGACUGGAAAUUUCAGCAAGUGCCUGGAGCUGAGUAGACAAGUACUAGAACUAGCAUCAUACUUCAGAUAUGACCAUGAACUUGACUCAAGACUUUGCUCAUUGUACCGACACCUGUAUCGCACUGACUGCACAUUGGAGAGGUUCCAGAAGACGUACACUAACUACAUUGUGUUUCACCGUUGGUAUAUGCAUCUUCCUUUUUUCUGUUUAGAGCUACAAAAGGAAGACAGGGUCAUAUUCAUCCCACCUCUACCAUAUACCCUGUUCCUGAUCUUCCAGUGUUGUCAUAAGUAUGGAGACACCAGAGGGCGAGAUGAAGCAUUGGACCAGCUGAAACAGGUCCAGAAACACAAGGAACAAGGGCGGCACAGGUACUGGAUGGUUCCCACACUCCUGGGGAUCUGUUAUCAAACACUUGGGAAUUAUUCCAAAGCCAUCGCGGCUUACUGGGAGUCAGCAAAAUCAAAGACUGAUUUUCAGGAGUGGAACACUGGCAUUGACAGAAUAGCAAUAGUGUUACUCUGUAUGCAUGUCUCACAGAGGCCUGGCAAAGGAUAG